AUGAUUGAAUAUCUACUUUAAUUAGAUUAAAACAAUUCUAAAUUGAAAAGGUAUUGUCUAAACUCUAUCUCAAAAUAGGUACUAAUUUCUCAUAAGUGAAAUUUUGAGUUACGAUAUUUCAAUUUUAAUUGAUUAUUUAUUUGAACCAGAACCAAACAUUCCAAAUUAUGAACUUCAAGAACAAUAACGUUAAUAACUCCUCCCUCUUUUAUUUCAACCAUUUCAAACAGACUAUCUUAAUUAUACUUAAGUAGGAUAUCUGACCAAAAUAAUUGAAUCCAUUAUAAGGAAGAGGGGUAAUAGCGUAUAAAUUAGUGAAUUCAAUCUAGUUAUGGAGUUGGUUUGAUAAUAAUAAAUCCAUUUUGGAUCAUUUGAUUAAACAUCUAGAUGUGUAUCAUGUGACAUCAAUACUCUUCCAUCUAAUCAUGUGUGAAUAAACAUUUAAUCAUCAUAUAACCUAAAGAAUUUAUUUACUUCAAAGAGUUCAUAAAAUAUUGUUAAAUAAAAUUCAUAACUAUGAAAUUGUACAUAAUUCUUGUGAAUUGUUAAUCUAAAUUUGUAAUACAACAUAAUAAUAAUUUAUGUAAUAAAUUGAAAAUCCAGAACAAUUUUAUAUAUCAGCAGUAAUCAUUGAUCUUAUUAUUAGUGUGAUACUGGUUUUGUUGAAUUUUUGAAUAUUAUAAUAGCACUCUUAUAAUAAAGAUAAUCAGAACAAGAAAAUGAUUAUUCAAAGUAUAAUUAUAUAGCUCUUAAUAUACAUAGAUCAUUUUCUUAUGAAUAUUUGAAUUUUGGUAAAUUAGUAAAUAUAUAUCUAAGCAUUUAAUUCAACUUUGAAUGUAAUCUAAACAACUCUUGGUUAAUUUAAAUUAAGUCUAUUGACUAUAUAUCAUUUACUCUUAAAAACUGAAGAUUCUAAAUUAUUAAAUUUAAUUCAUCAUAUAUAAAUCUAUAAGGAUUUAUACAAAUACAUUAUUAAAUUUGAAUUUAAUAAUUAACUUUAAAUUUAAUUCAAUUAAAUCACUACAUUUAUUUUCAAAACUAAAUCAUUAAGUUGGAUUUAAGAACUCAUAAAAAAUGAUUUAUUUGAAUUCAUUUCCACUCAUAACACAUAAACCAAAUCAAUUAUUGGUUAAAUUAAAUAUCCAAUAAAUAGAGGAUAUUUUGGAAUCUUAUCUUAACUUUCCUAUGAAUUAGAAGAACAUAUCUAUGAAUCAACUAAUUGGAAUUACUAUAAAUAGAAUAUUUUGCAAUAGCUUAAAAAUAUAGAGCAAAAUUACUAUUUCGGUGUUAAUCCUAAAAGUAAUGAUCUUGAGUAAAUAUCAAUAAACACUAAAGAAAAUUUUUAAGUAUUUAAUUUAUCUUAAUGCUAUUAGUAUGUAUCUUAUGUUAAACAUGAUCCUAUAGAGAUUGAACUUAAUAAUAAUAAAUAAAACAAUAAUGAAAUUGAAUAAAUUUUAAAUGCUAAACUUAGAUUAAGUUUUCCUAUCAAAACUUUAUUAUCCUUUUCAGAUAUGAAUUCUAAAGUAGUUCCUAUAUAAUCUGUAUAUAAUAAUGGUAACAAUACAGAAUCACAAAAUUUAGAAUCUGAUUCUUUAGAUAUUACAGAAUUAAAAAAGAAAAAGAUUUGUAGUUCAUAAAAUGAAUAUUUAAUAGAUAAUAAGGAAUCAAAUUCAAUAUAAAUAAUUGAGGAUAAGAAUGCUACUGAUAUAAUUAAUGUGAAUCAAAAUGAUAAUUUAUAAUAUUGA